CACUCUCCAUUAUCCAAUCGUUUAUCCGGAGAAAAUGGAAGACACGGUGAUCGGAGUUGAGGAAGAGAGAUGUCUGGGGAAAACCAUAAUUCCAGAAUAACCAUAUUAGAUUUUGAAUUCCACUAUCCAUUUUCAAACAAUACAAUCCACCAAAUUCUUUGUUUCGUGAGAAUUAAUUUAAUUCUACAUACUCCUUUCAGCCUCCAGCUUUUGCUUCCCAUUUUGACACCAUUUUACGGAUGAUACCCUAUUGAUUACAUAUUGAAGAAGAUGAUUUCAAAUGGAUUUGGCUGAUUGGAAUGGAGAGGUAGAAAUUGCAUAAUUAAUGACAAUUUCGAUCAGUUUCGGUCUUUUAUGGCACUGUCCAUCUAGACAGACCCAAGAGUGAGUGUAGCCCAGCGAUGUCCUCUUCCGCGUCGAUUCUGCACAUGUCAUCAUCGCCAGUUUCUUCGCCUUCUCACAUGGAAGGCUACAUCCAGCAUCCUGUUUCCAAUUUGGACACUCUUGCUGGCAUUGCCAUCAAGUACGGCGUUGAGGUUGCUGACGUCAAAGAGAUGAAUGGCCUUGUUACUGAUCAGCAGAUGUUUGCUCUCAAGUUUCUCCAUAUUCCACUUCCUGGAAGGCAUCCUCCAUUUCCUUCUUUUUCAAAUGGUGUCGAUAAUACAGUAUCCGGUCCAUCUAAUCAUGCACAUUGUGAACUGUUUGAAUCAUUCAAGUCCCUGAAAGUAACCUCUCCUCAGCAGCAGGUCUCGCUAGCUAUGUGCUCUUUACAAGGUUUCUGUGGACUUAAACCUACAGACAAGAAAAGCAUGUGUGAAGGUUUAGAGAUGGCAGAGUAUAGAAAAGGAGGUUUUGGUUCUUCAGAAAAUGGUUCAUUUUCCAGGAACUCAGCCGUGGCCAAUCGAUCUCUUGGUCGUCACCGGAAAUCCAAAAGUUUGGUUGAUGUGAUUUUAAACGAGAUUGCCGAACAGUCUGAUAAUGUACCUGCUACAGAAGCGGGGAAAGGUGGCUUCAGUAAUUGGAAUGGUGAUAAGUUAUUCUUGAGGCAUCAAAAAUCAGUUGGUGAUUUUACCCAUACACAAGAGUUGCUUUUGAGGGAGGACAGAAACAUUAGCAUUGGUGGAUUUUCAUCAAGAACAGGAAAGUGUUUGGCUCAGAGGCAGAAAGCAGCAAGCCGGCCUGCCCUGACAAAUGAUUCUGACGGAAGCGGCUUGACUUCUGUGCCAGCAGGUUUGAAGGAUGCUUAUUUGGGAGACGUGCUCUCUGGUGUGAGGAAAUCAUCAAGCACAUCAUGUUUAAAUGAUCAGGAUAACAGCUUCUCCUCAUCAAUCUGGCCAACCUCGAUGUGGAGUUUGAAGCCAGACCUACAAGCCUUAUCAACUGCAGCUAUUUCCAAACCCAUCUUUGAUAGCUUGCCCAUGACGAUGUCAGGCCGACCAAAAAAGGAUGCUCUUGAUUAA